GUGAAGCCUCCUGAAGAGCCCAGCAGCAGCAGCAACAGCAGCAGCAGCUCUCCGUGCAGCCCGGGCUCUUUCAGUUCCUGUUUCCGCCGGAGUCUCUCCACAUAGUCUCGUGUCCAAGCAUCUCCGUUACCCGAGAUCCCCACUCUGCAGGGACCCCGUUUCCUCCGUUGUCCAUCGAAGAGAGCCCGUCGCCGCUACGACGUGAUUUAGAAACAAAAAGGAAUCGGAGGAGGUAGACUCCUGGUGCCCCAGCUUUGUAACUGAAGCACAGUAAAGUAAAAGACACUCAAGAGUGCGUCUUCUCUGCAGUGAGGAGUAUCUACUCUUCGAGGAUAUCAGGCCUCUCACAGGAGCAAGGCUCGGAUGUGUGCUUCCUGAUUUGGAGGCAAUAAGAAGGAUAAACGCAUGUGGAAACUUCAAGAGGCAGUAGCAGGACCCUUACACUGAAGUUCGUUAGCUUCUUGAACUGGUGGGGGAAACUCCAGAACGCCAGCCUUUACUCAGGCACCCUGGCGGCCUGCUGACAUGCUGUAACUGCCAGCACACUGCGAGUGCCCCACCUCCUUCACAUGCGGCCGUGGACGGGCUCGUGGCGCUGGAUCACGCUGGUGCUACUGGCAUGGGGCACCCUGCUGUUCUACAUUGGUGGGCAUCUGGUGCGCGACAGCGAGCAUCCAGAACGCUCCAGCCGCGAGCUCUCCAAGAUCCUGGCAAAGCUGGAGCGGCUCAAGCAGCAGAACGAGGACCUCAGGCGCAUGGCUGAGACGCUUAGGUUGCCAGAGGGUCAGGUGGAAGGUGCUGGAGCAGCAGGAAAGCUCCGUAGUCUGGAAGAGCAGCUAAUUAGAGCCAAGGAGCAGAUCAACUCUUACCGCAGCCUACCUGCUGAUGGCCCAGGGAGGAACCAGGAGGAACUAAGGCGGAAGACAGAGAACGGGGUGCGGGAGCUGUGGUAUUUUGUACGCAGUGAGGUGAAGAAAUUGGCCCAUGUGGAGACUGGAGAGCUGCAGAAGCACAUUGACAUCCUGCUGCAGGACCUGGGGCACCAGCAGAGGUCCAUCAUGACAGACUUGUACCAUCUGAGCCAGGCGGAUGGAGCUGGAGACUGGAGAGAAAAGGAGGCCAAAGACCUUUCAGAAUUAGUGCAGAACAGGAUCACACACUUGCAGAACCCAGCGGACUGCAGUAAGGCACGGAAGCUGGUGUGUAACAUCAAUAAGGGCUGUGGUUAUGGUUGCCAGCUGCAUCAUGUGGUCUACUGCUUCAUGAUUGCCUAUGGCACACAGCGCACACUCAUUCUGGAAUCGCAGAACUGGCGCUAUGCCACUGGUGGAUGGGAAACUGUUUUCAAGCCUGUCAGUGAUACCUGCACUGACCGCACAGGAGCCUCCACAGGACACUGGUCUGGUGAAGCCAAUGAUCGGGAUGUGCAAGUGAUUGAGCUGCCCAUUGUGGACAGCUUGCACCCACGUCCCCCCUACCUGCCGCUGGCCAUCCCAGAGGACCUGGCUGAGCGUCUCCAGCGGCUGCAUGGGGACCCCUCCGUCUGGUGGGUGUCCCAAUUAGUCAAAUACCUAAUCCGCCCACAGGACUGGCUGGAGAAAGAGAUGCGCGAGGCCACUGCCAAGCUGGGCUUCAAACACCCCAUUAUAGGGGUACAUGUGCGUAGAACAGAUAAGGUGGGCACAGAGGCAGCAUUUCACCCCAUAGAGGAGUACAUGUUGCAUGUGGAGGACCAGUUCCAGAGCCUGGCCCAGCGCAUGCAUGUGGACAAGAAGCGUGUUUACCUGGCCACCGACGACCCUUCACUACUGCAAGAAGCCAAGUCCAAGUACCCAGAUUAUGAGUUUAUCAGCGAUAAUUCCAUCUCAUGGUCAGCCGGCCUACACAACCGCUACACUGAGAAUUCAUUAAGAGGAGUAAUCUUAGACAUCCAUUUCCUGUCCCAGACCAACUUCCUGGUCUGCACCUUCUCCUCCCAGGUUUGUCGCGUGGCUUAUGAGAUCAUGCAGACAUUGCAUCCAGAUGCCUCAUCCUACUUCCACUCGUUAGAUGACAUCUACUACUUCGGUGGGCAGAACGCACACAACCAGAUCGCCAUUUACCACCACCAGCCACGAGGCAAUGAGGAGAUCCCCCUGGAGCCUGGAGAUGUGAUCGGUGUAGCCGGCAAUCACUGGGACGGCUACUCCAAGGGCAUCAACCGCAAGAGUGGCCGCACCGGCCUCUACCCCUCAUACAAAGUGAAGGAGAAGAUUGAGACAGUGAAGUACCCAACUUACCCUGAAGCUGACAAACUUCUCCAAAAGCAGUAGAAAGAGUGAGAUGGAGAGAAACUAUGCGGAAUAUGUUCAGUACAGGAUACUGUAGUUAAGCCUGGACCUCCUGGAUGGAAAUGCACUUUGUGUGUAUGUGUGUGUGAAUGUGUAUGUACAGGGAGAAGGCAUUAUUUUACAGGGUCUGGGACUAGUUUCUAAGCCCGCCACCCAUUAAAGAGGCCAAUCAGGGUUGUAGAAAGGAAACUAGGACUUAACUCUUAAAAAAAAACACCAAGAUCAACAAACACACCACUGCAGGUACUUCUACCCCGAAACCUCCAGCUAAAAUGAAGGGAACUGCAUUUGUUUAUUUAAGAUUAAACUUUAAAAAAAAGAAAGAAAAAGAGACAGACUGCUUAAAAGAACAAGAAGAAUUUUGAACAUAUACCUUCAGCUCCAGCUUUUGUUUUUCUCCUCCUGUGCUGUUUUUUUUCCCCGUGUGAGCACUGAUAGCAUCCUUUCACUGCAGCCCCACCUCUCCUCUCCUCCUUCGUUACCUUUGCCUUUUUUUCUGCUCCAUUCAUGCCCUCUGACCACUCACACCAUCUCACACUCCUCUAAACAUGUGCUUUUUAUUUUCUUCUGCCACCCAAUGCUUUUAAAAGUUUUUGAUAAUUUUUGUUGUUUCAUUACAUUUUGUGUGGCUGUGUUCGCAUAUUUUUGCAUGCAUGUCUGUGUGUGGAGCGUUGAUGCGAAUCAGGUGCCUCAGAAGAACGGCUGACAUCUGGCGGAAUAUCACACAAAAGUUAGUAGUGAGCGUUCCGACUGCAGAGCCUUAUGGAGAGAUACCCUUCUCCCCCCUUUGCUCAUCACUGUCUAAUUCACAACAUCUUUCCAUUGUUUUUUUCAAAAAGAUGCUUUAAAGUCAAAGUUCAAAACUAAAAGGAAAAAAAAUGCAGGAAAUUAAAAUUCAAGAUUGUGAUACUAAUAUUAAUAAUGAUAUUGAUUAUGAUGUUUGUGAGUGGACGAUUAAUGGCAGUGAUGAAAUUUUGUUGUAACAGGUUUCAUCUACCAUGAGGAAAAUUUUAAUAUUUUAUGUUUGCGUGGGCAUUUUUGAUAAGCCGAUCAAAUAAACUUGAUCAGCCAACACAG